CCCCGAGGCAUCGUCCCCGGCAUCCCCCCUGGCAGAGGAGUGAAAAACUGCUGGCUGCCAGGCUGAGAAUAGCAACUACCAUAGGGGAACCCUUGGUUAUAUCCGCCCACCAUAGCCAUUUGAGAUUGUUGCCUUAAUGUAGCAACCAUAGCACGCAUUUCCCGCAUUUCAACUUCUCGGGCUUCUUCUUUUUCCUGCUGUCUUUUUAACAUCUCUCGUAGCUCAUCAACUUCUUGCCGAGAAGGUCCGGGUUGAGAGGAGGAACCACAACCACGGGAUAUUUUUUAGAAUAGUGCGAGAGAGCGAGCCCAUUCCCCGUAACAUAUUAACUGGUGUUUAUGGUAACAUAUUAACAAAGAUGUAAGAAGAUUAAAUGGAAGAUAACCAGUAAACAACCAAGAAUUUUAAAUGGAAGAUAACCAGUAAGAAUUUUAAAUAGGAAAAGGAAGAUAACCAUUUCAUAAGAUGUAAGUGGAGAUGUAAUAGAUAUAAUUGAGUGCAAAAGGUCCGAAAAAAUAGUAUUAAAAUAGGAGAUAACCAUUUUCAUAUGAUGCAAAAGAUUUUAAUUUUAAGAAAGUGUCUGAAAUACUCUAAAAACGUGUUCACACAGUUGAGAUAAUAAUAGAAAAGUAUGAAAAAUGUAUUUACUUAUUUUAAAAAUUAUUUGAAAUUUUAGGAAGAACUCAAAAGUUCGAACUAGCAAUUUCAUAUAGCGAAAAAGUAUUUCAUAAAUUGAAAAGCCGGAAAAUUUGAAAAGAUUGACAGUGUGCAGUGAUGAACAUUCACAGUACGACUUAGAAGAUACAAACAUAGAUUUAAAGGAGAAUUUCAAAGUUAAGCAUGCAUAAAACCAAACUUAAAAUCGGAGACAUGCAUAGGAAUGUAAAAACUUGAAAAUAUUUAAAGUAAAUGAAGAAAAAACGGAAGAUGUGACCUGAACCGUAGAGGAGGAGGCCUUCGAUAGCGGCGGAAUCGGAUUGAGAGGCGGAGGCCGGUGGAUUCGAAGGCAGUGGCGAAGAAGGUUUAGGGUGGAGUGGGAUUCCAACGCAGCGGCGAAAAAGGUUUAGGGUUGUGGGAGAAGAGGAUGUGCGAAAAAAUGCAUAGAAACAUUUAUAUAAUAAAGAGUUAGUCAGGGAUAAAUCCCUAACAAGUUCAAUGUAAUUUGAAAUUCGAAUACAUUAUUAAUUAGAAACGGCACAUUUUUCAAUUGACGCAGUACUUAGGGAUGUAGUGAGGGAUAAAUCCCUGACUAAACACAUUGGAAAUCGGUUUUUCUGUCACCUUGUGUAAAGAGAUAGUCAGAAUGGGGAGAUGUGCGCCGAUUGACUUUUAAACUAGUCAGGGAUUCUGCCUUAACAAUGUAUAUUUUAAUUUUUUAUAAAUUAUUAAAAAUCUAUUAAUACAAAAAGGAGGUAAAAGUUUAAAAUAAAUUGAUAGAGUAUAUAGACUCGGACCCCCGGGUCUCAUGACUAUUGGACCCGGACAGCGGCCCACAUACGCUCGAUAGAUAGCAUUUAUUUCAUUGUACACUCUAUUUUAUUCAUGUAUACCCGUUAGAAUAGAUUAAAUACCAUUUGUUAGCCAUUUAUUGGCCUUUUAUUGUAAAUGGGCCUUCCAGGCCCAAGCCUGGAAGCCCAACCCGCUUUUCUCCUAUAAAUACUCCCUAAGGGAGCCAUGUAAAGGGUUGGAAAUUCAUUAGAUAUAUCACUUUAUCUCUCUAGCUCUCCCUUCUCUCUAGGAGUUAAAACUCCAUCAAAUGGUGCUUUCAUUGAGAGCUAGAAAACAUCAAGUGAGACCCUCCCAACUUGAUACUCUUCAGCCUAAUUGGUGGAAGCUGGACCCAUCAGCCAAGAUGCCACAUCGGCCCAAUUGGGAGUCAAGUGUGGCAUAGUGCAACUUAACCGCCAACUCAAUCCUCAAUCAAAAAAACAAAACAAAAACAAUGGACCCCUCCAUGUAGUGGCAGAGCACUACACGCACGGAGCACCUUCGGCCAAGCUUGAACGGAGGGGACAAGUACGCCAGCGGUACACCAUCUGCCAAGCAGGGGAACAACUUGAUAGUCGACCCGUCGGCCAAGGGAGACUCUUCUAUCAAAGCUAUCUCCUCGUCCGUGGACUUAAGACAGGUGACCACGCAGUUCCUUCGGCCAAGCUCCUUCGGUCAGACAUGAACCGGUGACAGGCCAAGCUCCCACGACGGUCUAACAAAAGAAAAACCAUCGGCCAAGCAAGGGAAAGGCAGUUCCUCCGGCCAAGCUCAGCGCCCCUCAUCUGCAACGGCCCCAUCACCACGCAGUACCCCUCGGUCAAACAUGAACUGGUGACAGGUCAGGUGUUGCACCCUUUGUCCUGGGAACAUCUGCUUCCAAAUGCCCUUCCUCGCCCAGACUGCAGCGGUGGACUCCACCGGCUCUCAGCUCCAAUUUGGCAGAAAUAGCCAGAGCUCUUCACAGCUUCGGCCAGACAAUCGAGGGAGACGGCACAUCGGCCAAAUAGGUUCUUCAUCCAAAAUCGGAGACAACUCGUCCGGAACAGGACCCUCGUCAACCGCGUUGUCCCCGUUCACCAUCGGCGCCGAAUUGGGGAGCCGUCGUCCAGAGCGGGACCCUCGUCCAUCCGUCAUCUUUGGUCACCAUCGGCCCCGAAUGGCGGAUCCUUCGGCCAGCACUUCACAACUCUACCAAAAUUCGAAACAAAGAACAAGGCGGAGAGCAGUACCUCCUUCGUCCUGACCGAUAGGUUUCAAACACCGGCCAAGGUAAGCAUGAGAACAUUCAGGCCAGCAAAUACCAUGUCCCGUCGGUGAAGUCUGACACCGGAGAAAACAGGGUCACCCCGACCAAGCUCAACCUUCGUCCGGCUGGGAAAUCGAGACCACCUCGGCCAAAUUCCCCCAAGAAGAUGGUAGGCCUCGUCUGUACAGAUCCACAAGCACCGCCCCGGCCAAAGUCAGCCUCCGCCUCAAGGUGACACCUCGUCCCCAGCGUCAGGAGGAGCCGGCUCUCGCCAGAACGGCCCCUCGCGCAGGCGCUGACCCACGGUCGUAGGCCUCCACCGGUGGAACCUCUCCAAGGCCAUGCCAGGGGGAGCCCCCUCGUCCAUCCACCUCCC